GCAGUCAUCACUCAAAACGACACUGCCUACUUUUAUGCUGAUAAAAAAUUUUUCGCAACGAAAAAAGUAAUUAAAUAGAAAAGCAGAAAAAAAAACUGGAAAGCUAAACUGUGAAGAAGCACAACUAUUUAUGCAAUUCUAAAGAAAAUUCAAUCUUUCAACUUAGACCCACUCGAAUAGAAAAUACAAAAAAAAUGCUAACUACUACAAUCAACACAACAACAACAGCCACUUUAACUACUACAGACACAUUAAGUAGAAGAAAUUCGACGUCACAUCAUCAUCAUCACAAUCCACACCCGCGCUACAACAACACCCACAAAAUGUUCUCCCAGCAGUGCCUUUCUUCCCACAACUACAACUAUCGACUACUACAGUUUGCUCUACUGUGCACAGUGGUGCUGCAAGUGGUGCCGGUGGCGCACAGUUUCGAUAUUGCUACAUGCAAACAACCACUGGGCAUGGAGUCUGGUGCAAUUACAGAUGCUCAAAUAACUGCCAGCUCAGCGCAUGACACAGGCUUCGUUGGGCCGCAACAUGCAAGACUGAAAACCGAUAAUAACGGCGGCGCUUGGUGCCCCAAACACAUGGUCUCAAAUGCGUUGAAGGAAUAUCUGCAGGUGGAUCUGCUGCAAACGCACGUCAUUACGGCGAUACGUACGCAGGGUCGCUAUGGCAAGGGUCAAGGUCAAGAAUAUACAGAAGCGUAUGUGCUGGAGUAUUGGCGACCGGGUUUCACCAAAUGGCUACGUUGGAAAAAUACACAGGGAAAAGAGAUUCUGCCUGGCAACAUCAACACGUACAGUGAAGUGGAAAACCUAUUGCAACCAAUAAUAUUUGCAUCGAAAAUACGCAUAUAUCCAUAUGGACAAUACGAUCGGACGGUGUGUUUGCGCGCCGAAAUUGUCGGUUGUCCGUGGGAAGAGGGUAUCGUAUCAUAUAGCAUACCGAAAGGCGUGCAACGAGGCAUGGAAGUGGAUUUGUCAGACAAGACUUAUGAUGGUUAUGAGCAAGGUGAUCGUUAUGUUGAUGGAUUGGGUCAGCUGGUGGAUGGUCAAAAGGGCAAGGAUAAUUUUCGUACUGACAUACAUGGAUAUGGCAAAGGUUAUGAAUGGAUUGGCUGGCGUAAUGAUACACCCGAUUUGAGUGGCAAACCGGUUGAAAUUAUUUUCGAAUUCGAUACAGUGAGAAAUUUUAGUGCAAUUAUUUUGCACACGAAUAAUAUGUUCACCAAAGAUGUGCAGGUAUUCGUGCGCGCCAAAGUCUUCUUCAGUAUUGGUGGACGACAUUUCUCCGGUGAACCGGUGCAAUUUUCAUACAUGCCAGACACCAUAAUGGAUCACGCGCGAGAUGUCACCAUUAAAUUGCAUCAUCGCGUUGGUAGAUAUUUGAAAAUCAAUUUAUAUUUUGCCGUGAAAUGGAUUAUGCUGUCGGAGAUUUCAUUUGUAUCGGUGCCGGCCGUGGGAAAUUUUACAGAUGAGUCCGAGCAACGCGCCACAUUGCCACAGGAUACACGCGAAUAUCCAUUACAAAGUAAUGACUAUCAUCACGGUCAAAAGAAUGGCAUGGGCAAAAUGGGCACUAUGAAUGGCGGCAGCAGUAUGGGUGAUGGCCUAGGUGCGGCGGCAGGCGCCGCUGGUGGCGCUGGCCUCGGCUACAAUAACGGGCCACAAUUAAUUGCCCCACGUCCCAUCGAUCAGGAACCAUCUGAGAAAUUCUCAAUUGGUAUUGUUAUUGUUAUUCUAACGGUGAUAAUUAUUUUUCUCGUUGGCGCCAUAUUCUGUAUUGUGACGCGUACGAAGCGUGCACGCGGCAGCAAUGUCCUCGACGCAUUCCAAUAUAGCUUCAAUCCGAAUACGCUGGGCGGCAAUGUGGAUAAGCAUCGACCAAAUGGCGGUGGCAUUAAGGCUAGCGUCGACGAUAAUGAUUCCAUCGGCAAGAAUAGUCUCUAUCAUGAGCCAUUCAAUGUGAAUAUGUAUACGAGCGGUGUUAACGGAUAUGCGGCCGUAAAUGAUUUACAAUGUAAUAUGACGCCAGACUAUACAGCGCUUAUUUCUCUUUCUACGCAAAGAUAACAGAUUGAAAGGAAUAUGCCAGUAAAAAUUACACCGAAAAAAACUCAUACACCUUCUCAAAGACAUUUCAUGCGAAGUAACACAAGGUAGCUUUUGAUGCAAGGAGCGCACUAAAAAGGAGCUGAAAAAACAACAACAUUUUACAAGAAACGCAAAGCAAGAGCACACAUGCAAGUUUUAAGACGAAACGACAAACAUUAAAAAAACAGAGCAACAAAAGAAGAGAAUGCAGCACCGAACUGAAAGAAUAUUGUACA